AUGUGGACUGAGCUAGGCUCCGCCAUAACUGGCCUAUCGGUUGCUUGGUUCAUGUUUGAUAAAUACUUCCCUUAUCAACUUCGUGGCUAUCUUCAAAGAUAUUUUCAUAGUACCAACCCUACCAAGAAUGCUAAAAGACUCAAGGCUGAAGUUAUCAAAGACAGCCAAUCUAUAGUCCUCAGCAUGGAUGAUUGUGAGGAAGUUACCGAUGUUUUCGACGGGGUUAAGUGGGAAAUCGUCAAGUCUUAUAUAGAACAUGUCCUAAAACAAGGAAAGGAAGUUGCAGUGAAGAACAGACAGAGAAUGCUGUGCACCAACAAUCCUAGCAAGAAUUGGUACUGGCGGAACCCUACCAAGUGGGGUAGUAUGGUGUCUGAGCAUCCUGCUGCUUUCGAUACAUUGGCAAUAGGAACAAAGAUGAAAGAAGGGAUCAAGAAGGAGCUUGUCAAGAACCAUAACUUCUCGAAAGACCAUAUUUUAAAUCUAGUGAGGAAACGCCCGGCAGUACUUUUGUCUAAACCUCUCAAAACACUUUUGCCCAAGCUUGAAUUUUUCCAAUCUAAAGGUUUUCCAAACCCCGAUGUCGUCAAAAUCAUAUCAUCCUACCCAUACAUUUUGGGAAGUAGCUUAGAAAACCAGUUAGUCCCUGCUUUUGAUUUCUUUGAAAACUUUCUCCAAUCUGAUGCCUUGGCCAUCAGAGCGAUCAAACGUUCCCCUUCUAUUCUAGAGGUUAAUGUCGAAAGCUUGGCACGAAUUGUUGAUGUUUUACGAGACAAUGGAGUCCCUAAAAAGAAUAUUGCUCUGCUAUUUGGUUACCGGCCUUCUAUUGUGAUUUCAAAUCUGGAGAGUUUUAAAAAGCUUAUACAGCAAGUGACUCUAAUGGGAUUUAAUCCUUCCAAGAGUCAAUUUGUUUUAGCAAUUGUGUUGCUGAGGUCCAUGACCACAUCCACUUGGGAAAAAAAGCUUGAUGUGUAUAGGAGAUGGGGUUUGUCGCGAGAAGAAAUUCUUGCAGCAUUUGUAAAGAAUCCGUGGUUUAUGGGCUUAUCUGAAAAAAAGAUCACGGGAGUGAUGGAUCUUUUUGUCAAAAAUUUGGGUUGGGAGUCUUCGUAUAUUGCCAAAAAUCCAAGUAUUUCAUCAUAUAGCUUGGAGAAAAGGCUGAUCCCAAGGGCUUUGGUAUUGCAAUUUUUAGUUUCUAAAGGUUUGGUUGAGAAGAGUUUCAGAAGUGCUGCAUUCUUCAGUAGACCAGAAAAUAUUUUCCGGCGGAUGUUGAUAGAUAAUAAUGCUGAAUCUACCCAGAUAUUGAAAUUUUACAAAGAAAAACUGAAUCCUUCAUCGGUGAAGGUGGAAGUUUCAACAAGCACCAAUUCCAAGAUCGUGCUAUUAGCGGCAGUCAUUGGUGUAAUGGUAAUAUCAGUUGUGGUUGCGAAAGGUGGUGGAGAUGGUGGUGGUGAUAAACCUGAUUCUGUUCUUGAAGUUUUCAAGAACCAUAGCUUCUCAAAAGACCAUAUUUUGAACCUAGUGAGGAGACGCCCUGAAGUGCUUUUGUCCAAACCUCUCACAACACUUCUGCCCAAGCUUGAAUUUUUCCAAUCCAAAGGUUUUUCAACCCCCGAUGUCGUCAAAAUCAUAUCAACCUACCCGUGGAUUUUGAGGUGUAGCUUAGAAAACCAGUUAGUCCCUGCUUUUGAUUUCUUUGAAAAGUUUUUCCAAUCUGAUGCCAUGGUCAUCAAAUCAAUCAAACUUGCUCCUGUUAUUCUGAAUGUUAAUGUUGAAAGCUUGGCACGUAUUGUUGAUGUUUUACGAGACAAUGGAGUCCCUAGAAAGAAUAUUGCUCUACUGUUUCGUUACCGGUUUUCAAAUCUGGAGACUUUUAAAAAGCUUAUACAGGAAGUGACUCUAAUGGGAUUUCAUCCUUCCAAGAGUCAAUUUGUUGUAGCCAUUAUGUGUUUGAGGUCCAUGAGCACAUCCACAUGGGAUAAAAAGAUUGACGUGCUUAAGAGAUGGGGUUUGUCUCAAGAUGAAAUUCUUGCAGCAUUUGUAAGGUAUCCAUGCUUUAUGAGCUUAUCUAAAGCGAAGAUCAUGGGCGUGAUGGAUCUUUUUGUCAACAAAUUGGGUUGGGAUUCUUCCUAUCUUGCCAAAAAUCCAAGUAUUUCGUCAUAUAGCUUGGAGAAAAGGCUGAUCCCAAGGGCAUUGGUAUUGCAAUUUUUAGUUUCUAAAGGCUUGGUUGAGAAGAGUUUCAGAAGUGUUACAUUCUUUGUUAGACCAGAAAAUAAGUUCCAGCAGAUGUUCAUAUAUUGCUAUGCUGAAUCUACGCAGAUAUUGACAUUUUACGAGGAAAAGCUGAAUCAUUCAUCGGUUGUAAAGACUUCUACAUUUUAA